AUGGAGUCUGUGAAAGAUGUGAUUGGGAGAUGGGGAAGGACACUCGGAGAAGCAGCCAUGAAAGCAGAGAGCCUUGCCGGAAACACGUGGCAGCACUUGAAAACUGCACCGAGUUUUACGGAUGCUGCAAUGGGAAGAAUUGCACAGAGUACAAAGGUGAUUGCUGAAGGAGGCUAUGAUAAAAUUUUCAGACAAACUUUUGAAACAGCUACAGAGGAGAAGCUGCAAUACUCAUAUGCAUGUUACUUGUCAACAUCAGCUGGUCCUGUCAUGGGCCUUCUCUACAUAUCCACUUCCAAACUUGCCUUCUGUAGCGAUAACCCUAUGUCUUCUUAUAACGCUUCUGGUCAAACUCAAUGGAGCUAUUUUAAGGUAGUAAUCCCAUUACAUCAGGUUAAAUCGGUUAACCCUUCGACAAGCACAGUCAAUCCCGCAGAAAAAUACAUCCAAGUAAUCACUAUUGACGACCAUCUUGUUACAUCUUUGCAAGAUACGUUGCAAGCCAGUGCCUUACAGUCUGUUUGAUAUAUGUAUAUAUGUACCCUGGUGCAUUCCUGAACACAAUAUCAACUUUAUUGUUGCAUUCCAAACAAUCUAUUUGAUA